AUGCUGGGGAGUAUCUUUGUUAGAAUUGAUGACAACUCACAGAAAAUGGGGGAAGAACGAGACAGUGAUGAACACACGAAGGAAGCAGAAAGUGAAGUCUGCGUCUUUUUUUCUUUUUAUCUGCGCAAGCCUUUAGCGGCAACACUUAAGUCUUUAGCGGCGAAAACCAGCAACAUCGACGACACUCUGGAGGGAAGGUCGCCCUAUCUGCUUAAUUUGGUUACUGGGGUGCCUCCGGAAUGGCCGUGUCGACGUCAAAAUUAUGACUGGUGGACGAAAAUAAUAAUGGAGCUAAAGUCAGGCCUAUCUGCUUUCGUUACUGGGGGUGCCUCUGGAAUCGGUAGGGCUCUUUGCCUAGUUCUUGCCAAAAAGGGUAUAUUUGUAACUGUGGUUGAUACUUCUGUUGAGAAAGGAGAGGAGGUUGCAUCACUUUCACAAAAAGAAAAUCUCAAGUUUCAUUCGGGAUCAUUGAAGUUCCCUUCUGCUAUCUUUGUAAGAUGCGAUGUCAGUAAGCAAGGAGAAGUGGCUGCUGCAUUUGAAAAGCACGUGGAAGUAUACGGUGGUUUGGAUAUUUGUAUUAAUUGUGCUGAUAUCGAAACUUCUGUGCCUUUUCAUGAAGACCAAACAGAUGGAUCAAAAACAUGGAGACAUGCAGUCGAUGUGAAUCUUGUAGCAGUUAUUGAUUGCACCCACAAAGCGAUCAAAAUAAUGGAAGCUGCAAAAAAACCUGGUGUGGUGAUAAAUUUGGGUUCGGCAUAUCCAAUGAUCUCUGACCCUAUCUAUUCUUCCAGCAAAGGGGGUGUGGUUAUGUUUACACGAUCACUUUCUUCUUACAAGGAAAAAGGCAUCCGUGUCAACGUGCUUUGCCCAGAGAUUAAUCGAGCUAAGAAGGCUAAACAUGUGGGUUUUCAGUUUCUUAACCUCAAUCGAAGCUCUACUUCCAUGGAUACAAUCAUACAAGGUGCCUUUCAGCUUAUUACCGAUGAAAGUAAAGCUGGCUCUUGUUUACUUAUCACAAACAAUGGAGGCCUUGAAUACAUGCCAACUUCAUCUCAAGAAGCAAAAAACUUGGAGUUGAUCCCAUCAAGUUUGAAGAAGAUAGUUUCAUCAGUUGUUAAUUCUACAAUCGAGAUCCCUCAUACAUAUGAGCAACUAAUUAUUCACACACUUACUAGAAAUUUUCGGAAUGCUACACGUAUAGUGCGCGCACCCUUGAAAUUGCCGAUUAAACCAGAUCAUGUUCUCUUAAAAAUCAUAUAUGCUGGAGUCAAUGCAGGCGAUUUAUUGACAUAUGAUUCGAGAAGCGUUUGCUGGAUUUGGUAUGUGGACGUUAAAAAUGUAAGAGAAAGGGAAAGGAAGCUUGAUGGCACCAUAGUUCGAGGAAGAAUACUAGAGGUGAAUGUGGUGUUACAUAAAAGAAAAGAAAUUCCAGAGAUCAAAGAACAUUUGCAAAAGUGGUUGGUCGAGGAAAGAAUGGUGUCCACAAGAAGGAAGAGGAUCAACGAGGAGAUACUUGUAGCUGUUGAAGGAGAAAUCUUAAAGUUAGGCAUCAUUGAAUUUGACGAGGAUUGGUACCCUUUCAAGUUUGACCUAGAUGAUGAUUUCUAUGAAAAAUAUGAACUUUGCGUAGAAGAUGAAGACGAUGUAGACAGAGUCUCAGAAACUUGGGUGCAAGAAGGAGAUUGUGAAAUGGAGGAAGGUGAGAUCAGUCUGGUCUCUAAUCGGAAGACAGAUCCAAAAGUCAUGAUGGAGACAAACCAUAUUAGUACAAGUUCUCCGGAGAGCAGGAACUUGGGUAGGCUGGAUGAAAUGCCGACUCUGAUGGAGGAAGUGCAAGGGUCCUCUGGGAGACCACAAACGGUUGAAAUUUCGAGGGAGGCAAUCGGAAAGCCAUAUUGGAAACCUACGACAAGCAGUGGUAAUGGUAAUAUCACAUCCCUACUUCCUAGUGAAAAUAUGGAUAGGUCCAAUAGACUGAUUAUUGAUUAUUACCCCUGUUGCCCCGACCCAUUUGGACACAAAUUUUGGACUUCCCCAUGGUUGUUUCGGGCCAUUCCCUGUUCAUGA